AUGGAGCAGUCGCUAUCGCUCAUUUCUGCUCAGGUCCAGUUUAUGGACGACCGACUGGCCCUCGUCCAUAUUCCACUGGACCUCUACCCGUAUUUUCUGAAUCCAAUCCUUCAGGUCCUUUUUCAUGAGGUACCUCCAAUUAGUGGGAAUCAUGCAGAUUUCCAGAAUGGUGGCCCCGACGGUGGCCACAAACGCGCUCAACCUGCGUUCUUGAACCUCUCCAUUACACCUGUGGAGUGUUCUAUUAUGUGUCCUAGGCAACUUGCCAAUGACUAUUUCGCUCCGUUGGUUGAGCGUUUUGCGAAAGAUAACGUAUCCAAUCCGUGUCGCUUGUCCAUUAGCCGUGAUGAUUUCAUUGCCAUGCAAGUGUACGGAGAAGGCCUCGAGGCGGGCCAACGAGUACUUGAACUCACCAGCAUUAGCGAUGGCGGGAAUGUAUGUCUCUUUCUCCUCUUUUCCCUAAAUCACUAUAUUAUUGUUCCUCUGCGUAGCAAGACGCAGGUAAUUCAAACUCUGGAAAAGCGAGGGUUUCAAUUCGAGAUGUCGACGGACGCAUUCAUCAACAACAACCAGUUCAACAGUUGUCUCAGUCCCGUGUCUCCCCGGUCCACCAGCAGCCUGGGAUCUCCCCCGCCCACUCCUCCGCCAUCAUCGCUUGAUGAAUUACAGACUCGCACAUUCUCUUCUUUGCGAAAGAAUAACAUCACCCCUUCCGUUGAUAGAUCCCUCCGCUUAGUCCAAUGUGCUGUUCACCAUCGUGACGGCAGUGAGAUCAGCUCUAUAUCUAUACUGCGCGACGCGCUGACAAUAGCGCUUGUCGUGGAUAAGCCACGAUUUCUGUCUCUUACCAUGACCGCUGCCGAUCCAGCAGCCUCAAUUUUACUGGAACAGCGGCUUUUGCCCCGAUUCUCAAGUGAUCCUGCAUUCCCUGCCGAGCCAGAUGACGAAACCAGUCUCUUAUUAGGCUCAAAAGAGGAGAUCCUCGUUCCUAUCAUGCUAGAUCUACGCAAACUUCCACUAGAGGCUACUGGUAUUGUUUGUGGCGUAGCUGGUAGGUUGGCAGACGCUACGCAUGAUCGAGGCGAUGACAUCACGGACGGUUCUUCCACAAUUAUGUCUCAUUCUUUCAAUGGUUUUUCUUCUUUUGAUGAGACGAUGAAUCGGUUUUUCUCUUCGAGUGUCGGAUCCGGCGGACCCGUGAAACCUCCAACCCCUGGGUCUGGACGCAAAUCAGCCAGCAACGGCAAACCGACCCACCACCUGCAGCCUGACUUGGACAGCUCGAUCGAGGCUGUUGAGAUCAGCUUCCUCAGCACUGCACGAGCGGGUACCAUCAUUGUCGGUGAGCACGAGCUUCAACGCGCCGUGGGUGCUUUGGAAGCCGAGAGUCAUGAGCCCGAGGACCUUGAAGGAUUCGAGAUAUGA